CAGUGGUGCAGAAUGGCUGACCUCAGUCUUGUAGAUGCAUUAACGGAGCCAUCUCCAGAAAUUGAGGCAGAGAUAAAGCGGGACUUUAUUGCCACAUUGGAGGCGGAGGCCUUCGAUGAUGUUGUGGGAGAAACUGUUGGAAAAACAGACUAUAUUCCUCUCCUAGAUGUUGAUGAGAAAACUGGGAACUCAGAGUCAAAGAAGAAGCAAUGCUCAGAUACUAGCCAGAUUGAAGAUGGUACUCUGUCCUCUAAACCAGCAGUGCUAGCCAAUGGUGAUCAUGAAAUAGAAGGAAAUGACACAACAGGGUCCCCUCCUGAAUUCCUUGAAGAGAAAAUAGCUUAUCAGGACUAUAUUAAUAGUCAAAAUUGGCCAGAAGAUAUAAACUUUUGUUACCAACCAGAGACAGUGGUGAAUCCUAUCCAGACUGAUUCUUUUAAGAUGCACUAUGAUGAUGGCUUGGCAGACUUUCUCUUUCUUCCUAGUGGCACAACCAAUGCCUCAGCAUUUGUGGAACAAAAUGAUCCUCUUAAAGACAUUUAUUGUAUGCCUCACUUUGACGCAUUUGCUUCAGCAACGGGUGAUGUCCAUUUGGGGUGGUCUAUGGAAGCUCCAAACUCUGCAUACUCAGCAUCCUUCAUUUCCCCAGAGUCUGUUAAACAACCUCUGCAGCCCACAGAAGAUCCAGAGAAGGACAUAGAAAUUACAUCAACAAAAGAGAGUGCAGUCACAAAAGUAUUAGAAGUAACACCACCUACAGAAACAGAGAUGGCAUUGAGUCAAGACAUGGAACCAUCCACUGAAUCAGAUGUGACACUGACCAAGGACAUGAACCCAUUCAUUGAAUCAGAUUUGGCUAUAGUCAAGGGCAUGCUGCUACCCAAAGAAACAGAAGUGGACCCAGACAAGGAUGUUACACUGUCCACAGAAACAAAUGUAUCUUUGCAUAAGGACACAGUAUUAUCUUCAGAAGCAGAGGUAGCCUUGGCCAAGGAUUUCACACUAUUUAAAGAAAAUGAGAUUGUACCGCCUAAUAAAAUGGAUUUGACCUCAGCUGAGGGUGUGGUUUCACUCUCAGAAAUAGAGAUGGCACUGGCAAAGGACAGUUUAGCAUCGACAGAAAUAUGUCCAGGCAAGGAGGUGUCCCUUUCCCCUGGAACAGAGAUGGCUCUCACCAGGGCUGUUGCGCUGCCCUCAGAAACCAAGGAUGUGACUCCAGCCCCAGAAGCAGAGAUGGCUGCCUUGGUCGAGGAUGCAACUUUGCUUCCACAAGCAGAGAUAGCCUCAGUCAAGGUUGUAACUCCAUCCCCAGAAACAGAGGUGACCCCAAUCAAGGAAGUGGCUUCAUCCCUAGAAACAGAGGUGACCCCAGUCAAGGAAGUGGCUUCAUCCCCAGAAACAGAGGUGACCCCAGUCAAGGAAGUGACUUCAUCCCCAGAAACAGAGGUGACCCCAAUCAAGGAAGUGGCUCCAUCCCUAGAAACAGAGGUGACCUCAGUCAAGGAAGUGGCUUCAUCCCCAGAAACAGAGGUGACCCCACUCAAGGAAGUGGCUUCAUCCCUAGAAACAGAGGUGACCCCAAUCAAGGAAGUGGCUUCAUCCCUAGAAACAGAGGUGAUCCCAAUCAACGAUGUGACUUCAUCCCCAGUAACAGAGGUAACCCCAAUCAACGAUGUGGCUUUACUCCCAGAAGAGGUAGCCCUGGUCAAGGACAUGCCUCUGCCUCCAAAAACAGAGGUAACUCUGUCUAAGGAUGUGGCCGUGACCUCUGGAACUGGCGAAACCCAGGCCAAUGGCAUGAUUCAAACCAAAGAUAUCACACUACCCUCAAAAGCAGACGUGGCACCAGCUGUAGUCCAGGACAUAGAACAUGCACGGACACAGAAAGAAAUAACUAAAGAUUCCCAGUUAGAAUUUCUUCAGGAUGAAGGGCAGCCAACUGCACCUACUUCCAUGAUUUCACCAGGUAUGACUUUAUACUUGCUUUCAAAGUACAACUUGCCAACAGCUGAGGAUUCUGCGUUAGAGAAAAUAGAACCAAAGAAACAAUUCAGUAGUCAACCUAAUGAACUUUCUUCAGAGACCUCAGCAUAAUUUCUUCCCCUUUACCUUUUCGGGAUAGCCAAGCAAGAAGAAGGUGGGCCUACUGUGUGUGUGACUGGAAAUGACAUCACUGCCCCUCCAAAUAAGGAGCUUCCACCAAGCCCAGAGAAGAAAACAAAGCCUUUGGCCACUCAACCUGCAAAGACUUCAACAACGAAAGCCAAACCACAGUCCACUUCUAGCCCUAAGCGGCCAGCUCCCACCACCUUUGGGGGGCCGAAUAAAAAACCCAUUAGCCUUACUUCAGGCUCACUACCAGCUGCCCCACCCAAACGCCCUGCUGCUGCCACUGCCAGGUCUUCCACCUUACCUUCAAGAGACGGGAAGUCAAAGCCUGGUACAGAGGCUAAGAUUCCUGAGAAGCGAGCCUCACUAUCCAAGCCAACUUCCGCCCUAACCCCCAGAUCUGGCUCCAAGAGUACCCAGCCUGUUCUGAAAGCCCCAAUAUCUGCCACACCUGCCACGGCUGUGCCAAGCAGUAAGAGCCCCUCUAUGCCUCUACCCAAGAGGCCCACUGCCAUCAAGACUGAGGGAAAAGUCGCAGAGGUCAGAAAGGUGGCUAUAAAGUCUGCACCAGCGGACUUGAAUCGCUCAAAGAGCACCUCCACCACUUCUGUGAAGAAAAACACUACUUCCACAGGAGCAACACCCCUGACAGGAAUGGCUCCCAACCGAGUCAAGCCCACACCUAUGCCUCUCCGGCCCUUCGUGACACCUACCAAGGACAAGAAGCCUGUACCAUCCAAACCAAAUUCCUCUUCUCUCAGUGUGAGCCGCCCCGCUACCAGUGCUUCUAUCCCCGACCUGAAGAAUGUCCGCUCCAAGGUUGGCUCCACAGAAAACAUCAAACAUCAGCCUGGAGGAGGCCGGGCCAAAGUAGAGAAAAAAACAGAGGCAUCUGCUACAGCUCGAAAGCCCGAACCUAACGCAGUCACUAAAACAGCCGGCCCUAUUGCGAAUGCACAGAAACCACCUGCUGGGAAAGUCCAGAUAGUCUCCAAAAAAAUGAACUACAGCCAUAUUCAGUCCAAGUGUGGUUCCAAGGACAAUAUUAAGCAUGUCCCUGGAGGUGGUAAUGUUCAGAUUCAGAACAAGAAAGUUGACAUUUCUAAAGUCUCAUCCAAAUGUGGAUCCAAGGCUAACAUCAAACACAAACCUGGUGGAGGAGAUGUCAAGAUUGAAAGUCAGAAGUUGAACUUCAAGGAGAAGGCCCAGGCGAAGGUGGGAUCCCUCGAUAAUGUGGGCCACCUGCCUGCGGGAGGUGCUGUGAAGAUUGAGACCUACAGGCUGACGUUCCGGGCCAACGCCAGGGCCCGCACCGACCAUGGGGCAGACAUUGUCUCCCGGCCCCCCUACUUUCCUGGCGGCCCCACCUUGGGCACCCGGGCCCCUGGGUCUCUCACCCAGGCUGCCCACUAG